AUGUCCCAAUCGAACAACACCGACGCCUGGGAAGGCGCAUCAUAUCCCGAACAGCUUUUGGACGCCUCAAGAAGAAACAAUACCGAGCUUCUCCUCACCAUCAAAGCCGAGUUGAACAACGACCAAGAAGUCCUUGCAAAACUCAUCAACACCACCAAGGAAUUGAUCACCAACAACUCUGCGUUGCACUUGGCGUGUCUGUUGGGAAACUGGGAGUUCAUAGAUAUCAUUUUAGACAUAGAAGGCGUGGAAAUCGAUCCCCAGAACUCCGACGGCCAGACCCCAUUGCAUUUAGCUGUCAAGUACACCAAGGACGAACCCGAACAUGGGUACUUUGUGAUUGACAACCUUUUGGACGCAGGCUCCGAUCCACGUAUCAAAGACAAGCUGAGCUUGCAGCCCAUCAAUUACACGGAUGACGCCAAAUUGAAGCAAUUAUUGGAGAGUGCUGAAUACGCCAUUUCCAUGGAAAUCCCCGAGGAGGAACAGUUGUCGUCCGAGGAGGCUGAUGCUGGCUCAGCCAGCGAAUCGGAAUAG